AAAUGAAAAUGACAUUAAACCAAGAUGGCGCCGGGCGACAGAGUAAAGUGAUGAGAGAAGAGAACAACAAGCGACACAACUAACCCAACAGAGGGCUUUCACUCAUCCUCUACGGGCUAUUUACACAACCAAACCUCUUAUCUUACCACCGGGGAACUGUCAAGCUCGUACUGAGACACCUCCCCUAAUCUACAGAGAUAUAAUUAAUCAGCUAACUGUGAUGCUAACUAGCUGCUAACGUAGCUAGCGGAGGCUAACUGCGGAAGGCGAGGAGAGGAGGAGAAGCUCGAAGUACAAGCCGACAAGUCAGGCUCAUUUCUCUCUCUUUAACUCAACCCACCUCUCUGUUUUGGUUCAUUAACUACCCGUAGAGUUUGCCGGGUCAUCCAAACUAAAGGGGUCGGUGAGGAAACUUAACGUGACACCUCUGAUAAGGAAAGCAGAAAAAGACGAGAGGAAAGGCGUCAUCGUUGCUGAUCUGACGCCAUGGCUCUUUCUCCUCUUCAGAGUGGACUGACGGGGAUUCAGAACUUCAGAGCUGAUCCAGAAGAGUUUUACACCAAGCUGGACAGGAUAGGGAAAGGCUCUUUUGGUGAAGUUUAUAAAGGCAUCGACACUCGGACUCAGAAAGUUGUGGCCAUUAAAAUUAUCGAUCUGGAAGAAGCGGAGGAUGAAAUAGAAGACAUUCAACAGGAAAUCACAGUUCUCAGCCAGUGUGACAGUCCCUUUAUCACCAAGUAUUAUGGAUCAUACCUGAAGGGUACAAAAUUAUGGAUUAUUAUGGAAUAUUUGGGUGGAGGAUCAGCUUUGGAUUUGUUGGAACCAGGCUGCCUGGAUGAAACGCAGAUUGCUACGAUUCUGAGAGAGAUCCUGAAAGGGCUCGAGUAUCUGCACUCUGAAAAGAAAAUCCACAGAGAUAUCAAAGCUGCCAACGUGUUGCUGUCAGAACAAGGCGAAGUGAAGCUGGCGGACUUCGGCGUGGCGGGCCAGCUGACAGACACCCAGAUAAAAAGGAACACAUUUGUUGGUACUCCUUUCUGGAUGGCGCCUGAAGUCAUAAAGCAAUCUGCCUACGAUUCAAAGGCAGACAUCUGGUCAUUAGGGAUAACGGCGAUAGAACUGGCAAAAGGAGAGCCGCCGCACUCUGAGCUUCAUCCUAUGAAGGUCUUAUUCCUCAUCCCAAAGAACAAUGCACCAACACUGGAAGGAAACUACAGUAAACCACUUAAAGAAUUUGUUGAAGCCUGUUUAAAUAAGGAGCCUAGCUUUAGGCCAACCGCUAAGGAGCUGUUGAAACAUAAGUAUAUUGUAAGGCAUUCCAAAAAGACGUCCUAUCUGACAGAGCUGAUUGACAGAUACAAGAGGUGGAAAUCCGAGCAGUCUCGGGAACAAUCCAGCUCUGAUGACUCUGAUGAGGAGCCAAAUGGCCAGGCUUCUGGAGGAGACGACUCCGGCAAUGAUGACUGGAUCUGGCAAACCAUCAGGGAGAAGGAGCUCAAGAAGUUUCAGAAUGGGGCAGCACAGCCUGCUGAGCUCGAAAGACAACAGGUGCAGGAGAGUCCAAAGAGGCCUUUGUCACAAAGCUUAUCAACAAUCUUUACUCCAUUGUUUACUGAGUUGAAAGAAAAGGGCGAGACACGUAAUGGCAAGCCGGAGGCUGCAGAGAAGCUGCGGGAGGCCAUUUUCCUGGCAGAAGAAACACACCCAGGGAUCUGCGACUCCCUGGUAGCUGAACUAGUGCAGAGACUUCAGAGAUUUUCUGUGCCACAGGCAGCUGCCAGUCAUUGAGAGGAGCUACAUCCAGCUCUGCUCUAAUUUUCCACCCUGGUGGCAGCAGUCAGAUCUUUUCCUCUGACCUCCACAGCCGGGAUGAAGUCUCCCAGGAAGGUCUCCAUCACUCAUUUGCCUGAAGCAAAUCCUGGCCUACUUAAUGUCUGUUUAUACGCUAGCACACCACCAGAGGGUCCUAUUCAGGACAGUCAGUGGCCAGCCACUCAGCUGCCUCCAUGACUGCCGCCUGCUGUAAGAUGUCCCUUUCUCAAUACCUCCUUCACAACUGUUUUUUUAUUUUAAUGGUGGAGUCCGCUAUCUUUCUGCAAAGGACUCUUGAGUUAUUGGUUUUUGGUGAGUUUGUGGCUUUUUUUUUCACACAAAGGUUUGCAUCCUUUUUGGAGAAAGUACCUUGCUUAAUUAAUCGUGUGCAUGUGUGCGUGGCUGUGCGAGAUAUCCUGUGAAAACGUGCGGUGAAGAGUGACGAGUGGGUUGAAGCGUUCUAUAGAAAACUCAGGUAUCCUGCUUUAAGUGGAUUGGGUCCUCUGGGAGACGGAGAGAGCUCUACAGGGUGGUUGUACAGACUUGUAAAUAAGCUAAUUUCUACAGAUUCAUGAAAAAAUAAUGGAGCGUUUCUAAUGGAACCACUGUGUACAAAUGGCCAAAUGCAAAACUGUAGAUAAUGGUUGUGAGGUAAAUAUUUUGAGAGACUAAAAAUGGCCAUACAUGAGAUUGCCUUGCCUUUCUACUUGUUCUUUUUGUAUAUCGGUCUUUGAUUUCUCCAGUUGUAAAACUUUUUAAUGAAAAACGGCUGCCCUCUAUCAUGUUUUACUAUUGAUUUAUUAUAUAUUUCUUAUUAACUUUUUGGUUUCACACUUGAUGCUGUGGCUGUAAUAGAGAAUGUAAAAAACCAACAGGCUGGAUCGAUGAAGCCCCCCACCAGUUUAAAACACUGGACGCUCUGUUGCCAGCCUCGAUUCCACAAGGCCUCGAGUUGUGUUGGUUUGUUGGACUUUGCCUCAUCCCUUCUUUUUUUUUUUUUUUGCUGUGUGUUUUUGACUGGUUAGAUAAACUGAGGUUUCGUCCAUUCAUUCCAUUAACAGGGCAGUGCCAUCAUCUAGUUUAUAAAUCAGCAGACUCUGUUAGUCUUCCUAGGAGCUGCAGUGGUACUAUCUAUCUCCUCAGCGUACCUACAGCUUUAAUUGCACUUCAAGUAUAAAUGCCUUUUUGACUAUAAACAAAGUAGCCAUAAAACAGUAGCACGAGACUUACAGUAUUUUGCAGGUUAUGCUAUCUGGGACAAAAACAAGUCCACCUGAAGUCUCACAGCUUGGACUCUGGAGUUGGUCAUGCAGUGUAAUAUUUGCCUGGCUUUAUCUUUCCAUUUUGGACUUGUGAGAGGUUUUUCAGUUGUACAGUAAAAUGCAUAUAGACAAAGACUUCUCACAUAGUAGACGACACUGCUCUCAGAUGUAUAUAUUAAGGUGUUUUCAGAGACCAGCGGCACUGCUACUACUCCUGACUGUAGUUUAAAAGGAAUGCGCAUGAUAGUAUACCAGUAUAAAUCCUAUUGGUUGGCCUGAGCAGUAUGCGUUGUAGCACACUGCUGCGGGACUGGAGGAAUGUCGAGUCCUGAACAGAGUUGAAUCAGCCUUAGAGUAUUUGUGAUGAAUGGGAUGAAUAGUAUCAGCUUUAAAAAUGUUAGAUCCAAUGCUUUUUCUUGUGAUUUCUUCUUUAUAUUUCCCCCCUCUGGCAUUAAAAUGCAUAUGCAGCAAUACUUUUAAAAGAUCAAAAAUACGUAUGUCAUUCCUUGCCAGUAUGAUGCAUGCAUGAACAAAUGGACUAAAUUUUCUUCUCAGUAGGAAUUUCAUAAUUCUUAUGGAGUCGGAUGAUAUAUUCUUUUUGCCACGGGCAAUACACGGUACACAGUCAACGGGGCAAGUUAAAGGGACAGUGUGUAGGAUUUCUGGGGAUCAAUUAGCAGAAACGGAAUAUUCAUAACUAUGUUUUUAUUAGUGUAUAAUCACCUGAAACUAGGAAUCGUGUUUUCGUUAGCUUAGAAUGAGCCCUUCAUAUCUACAUAGGGAGCGGGCUCUCUUCAGAGUCCGCCAUGUU